AUGAGGAUCUCUCCCUUUCAUUUAAAAAGGGUUUUGUGCAUCAUCGAAUCAACUCUCUCUCUGCCUCUCCUCCUCCACCUAGCUUUGUUCAUCUUUUUGUUUCAAGUCUUCCUUCUAGCUAGGUCUUCGUUCUUCCGCUUGGAUAUGAGCAACUUUGGAUACAGCAUGGGGUGGAGCAAUAAUGGGAGAUCCUCUGGCUCCAGAAAGGGCAAAAGAGGCUGCGGCAGCGGCGGUGCCGACAAGCCCAAGCAGCCGCAGCGGGGGCUCGGCGUGGCGCAGCUGGAGAAGAUUAGGUUACAAAGCGAAAUGGCCGAAUACUUCCAUCCUCUCGGCCAGCCGCCCAUCUUGAUCCAAAGAACGGGCAGUCUCAACUUGGAGGAUGCACGGGCGCCGACGUCCUCACUGUCGUCGUCCCCAUCGUCCUCCCUCCAUGCUACCGCCGUCUCAUCGCCAUUCCCGAUCCAUCCAAAUUUUGUGAUGACAUAUGGAGAGAGAGGAGACGCACGAUACAGUGACUUCCAAACACCCAUUAUUAGAUCACCGAGCAGCAGUGCUAUCUAUGGCACCCCACAUUAUGCGCAUCCUAGCGUCACAUUGCCGCUCUUUGCACCAGAGGAAUCCGCUCGCUUGAAGGGACACCAUGAUAGAAGCCGGUCGGCGGAUUCAACAAUUAUGAACUCGGAUGAUCCACAAGAUGUGGACCUUGAGCUCAAGCUAUGAUCCAGAAAUGCUCUUCCUUUUUUCUUUCCUCUAGUGUGAUGUGGUCCUGAUCAAUUUGGUCUUGAUGGGUUUUUACCCUUGUGGUGCAAUAAGUUUCUGAAUUGGUACCACUAACUAGGACCAAAGGAUUUGCCAUCUUCUGUGAUGCUUACAAGAGAUGAAUAGUAAGGCGCAUUUCUUUUUUUUCCCCCAUCAAGACAUGUGUUGUGUACAUGUGUAUGGGAUCUUGUGGAUAUCUAACAGUUGUUCUGAUUGUACGGUGAAGCAUAGAUGUGUUGACUCUUGCCUGCAACUGCAAGCAUACACUGACACAGUUGGUACAUGAUUGUUAUUAAUUU